GUACAACAACAAGAAGAACAACAAGGUUGAAUCUAACAUUUCUCAUAUUUUAUUCAGUGACUGAGCUAAAUAUUGUUUUAAAUUCACUGCUGUGUUUUAGAUGAGUCCGUCUCUGAAACUUUAUACUGGAGCUCCCCCUAUAGCUUACAUUGGUAAGUGACCAAUAAAAAAUAUAAAGGGUCUUAAAUUGGUUUAUUUCUAUUUGAUUUAGGUUAUUUACAGUAGACUAGCACUGUGGCAACAUCUUUUUUAAUUAUCAUAUGGUUCCAAGAUCCGGGAAAUAUAUGCCAAAAAAAGCACAAUAUGGUUAAAUGAUUAAUGUAAAUUGCAUUACCUUUUGGUAUCUUUCCUAAAAAGUAUUAUUAUGAACAGAGUCUCAGAAGUACUCUUCAAUAAACUGACAUUUUUCUUUCUAAAAACACUUUAUUUGUAAUUUUCAGUUAACAUACAGAACAAUCGUAUUCUCUGUAUUACAAAUAACUACAAAAAACAGUCUGGACAAUAGACAGAGACAGAGCAAAGAGGACAAAAACAAACAAAUUAAAAAAAAAAAAGAAACAAAGUUUUUUUAAAUUUUUUUAAUAUAUUUUUUUAAAUAAAUGUCUAACCCCUUCACCCAUGUAACCUUCUAACCUUCACAGACUCCAUGAAUUGAUGCCCAUCUCCUAAAUAUUUGGUCACAUGAUCAAUUUCUUUUACCAUUUUCAAGCAACAGGAGGUGGCUCAACUUACCCUUUGGCUCAUCCUACCUCAUUCUCCCCUAUCUGUAAAAUAACUUUUUUUCAAUAACCUAUUUUCGAUGUGAUAAUCUCUUUGAUGGGCAUCUUUUUAUAGGAUAUCGAAUUGUCUAUCGAGAAAACUUGAAGCUAUGAUAUAAAUCAAAUUAAUAUAUUAAAAAAACAGUAUUUCUAGUCUGUUAAUAUGAAGAACAAGGUAAUACGAGUAUACCUUGAAGGGUCCAUAUACAUACACUAUGUCGUCCUAUAGGUGGCGGUACACACUCGCAUAUGUUUUGUACCCAUGGGCACUGAAUCUGUACAUAUUGGCGCCAUUUUGGAGCUAGGAGGGGGAAGAGAGCUGCAGAGGAGGACACGAUUGAUCACAAUUCACCGUAACAGGUAAGAAAAUAGACAAUUGUAAAACGAAUUUUGAUUGGAAAGUGUCGCUAUUUUCAGCCACUGCAGCGAAAACGCGGUAUAACUCGAGAUGUGUCCGCGGAGAUGCCAUGUUUGCAGCGCCGAAAGAGGUGGAGCGCAGCCCGCCUUGCUCGCCUCUGUUCUCGGCAGCCGUGUCCGAUCACGGCGCUGGUUGACCUGGUCCUGCGGCGCUAAACGGUUAGCCAGUGAAAUACUACCCCGUGUGGCAGACCCUGUGAGCAAACAAUGACUGCCCUUGCGUGUUAGACUCGACCCUGAAUGUAGAUAUGGAUGUAAGGGUGGUGUGCCGGGGUGUUUUGUUCGGUGCAGCGUUACUAUCUGUCCGCCCUCUGUCACUGAGAUUGCUGCUCAUUACGUUAGCGAGAGGUUAGCUAGUGGCGGCUAACUCGAUUAGCCAUGGUCAACACAGCAACAAGGCAGGCUGGCUGCACCGUAGCGUCUGGCCUUGACAUGCAGUUUUAGCACAACAAUAACCACCUCUACUCAGUUCAUAUCUCCCCUUACACUCGCUCAGUAACCUUAGAUCACAUUAGAGUUAAUGUGGAGAUCAUUUCCAUUGUGACCCUCAUCAUUACGAGCUCCUCGUAAAAGGCGCAUUGCUGGUGGGGAUAUACUCAAUGAUGUGUUGGCUUGUUGAAAGGCUGCAUGUAUGCAUAAACCGCAUACCGUAGAGGUUUGUUUUUCCAUUUCUGACAUGACUCGUAUGGAUUUCAACAACCUCCCCUGAUGUUUUUCAGGCUUGUUGUGAAUACCACGUUGGGCAACAACACCAUACAGCAUUAUUUAUAUCAGGGCAAAGCUGCUGUACAGACAAAAGGAGUUAUUCCCAAUUCUGGAUGAUGCAUGUUUGUUGUGUAAACCGGGUGCAUUUAUUCUGACAGGUACUAAAGUGUGAUUAUUGAGCUUACUGGGCUGAUCACACCCGUGUUAAAAUUAUCCUGCAUCAGUUGUAAGUUGUUUCAUUUUAAGAUCUUGUUACUGUAAAGAUCAUCAGAUGAACUCCCUCACAAGGAGCAAAGCUGGAAUUUGAUGAUUGUAUGAUUGCAUUGGUUAAUAAAUAUGUACACAUGCCCGUGCUGACUUUGGGUUGAAAAAGGAAGAAUAGGUAAAAAAAAAACUGAUGACAUACUGAGAAAUGUUGGCGUUGCAGUAGGAGGUUAUCCAGGCAUAUUAGGGCAAAGUAAGCAUACAUCCAAACAAUAAAAAUAAUAAUAAUUCAAAUAAAAUUUAAAAAAUCUAAAAUGAAGAAUAUUUAUUAUACUUUGGUUUGAGAAAGGAAGAAUAGGUUAAAAAAAAACUAUUUGCUUAAGUGAUGACAGAAUCUUAUGGCGUUGCAGCAGGAAUUAUCCAGGCAUAUUAGAGUAAAGUAAGCAUACAUCCAAUACAUACAAUAUUUUUAAAAAAAUCUUAAAUGAAAGAAUAUUUAUGAAGGAUAACAACUGAAAAGAUGUGCAAAUAUUUUGGCAAAAAUAACCUCAUUAAAGAUCUACUCAUACUCAUAUCCUCACCCUGUAAACUGAAUUCAGUUUGUUUCAUCAUUACAUGAGCUGCUGUUGUUGUUGUUGUUGCUGUUGUUUUAAUGUUGCUGCUGUCUCUCUCUCUCUCUCUCUCACCCUCAUUUUGUACUCUCUCCCUCCCUCUCCCUUACUCAUUCUCUCUCUCUCCUUCCCUCUAUCUUGUUCUCUUUCUCUCUCCCUGUCUCUCUGUAUUUCUCCCCAACCCAGCAGCGGCUUGGUGGCUGUCUGGCAUGAGUCUGGUCCUGCUCACGUUUUCUGCCUGUUAAAGGAAGUUUUUCCUUGCCUCCGUUACUCAUGUUAGAUAAGAUGGGCCAAAUCCCAUCUUAGGUUGGGUCUUGAUAAUUCAUCAAACAAUGAGCAUGGUCUAGGCCUGCUCUUUUUCUUUUGAUUAGAUUGCAAAGAAGCUGCAGCCCUUAAAUUGUAUUCCCCAAAAUUAACAAGAAAACUGAGCAAAAUUAUGUUUGGUCAAUAGUCUGCUGCAAUUCCUGUUUGUACCCGGAUUUUGUGUGACAGUGUGUUUUUGUUGAAUUUUUACAGGAGUAAAAAAAUAUGUCAAGGUUUGGUUCUCCACAUCUGUUUGUUGUCAUACCAUACACUAGUUUCUCCUUGCAGUGCAGCUCAGGCUCCUUCUUGAUGUCUGAUUCCCAUAACCUCCACUGCUUCUUAUCUGCUUUGUUGUUGUUGUAUUCAUGGGGUCAGAUAGAUGACCGUUCAGAAAAUGUAUAUUGCGUUUGAUCUCAGGGAAAAUAAACUAUGUGACAGCACUUCUCUAUUCUGUAGUAACCCUUACGUUUUUGUUUGUUGGUUUGAGUCGGUGCCCACCCGAGGGUCAGUGAGUUCACUCUUACAGCCAGCUGGUGUCCAGUUCUCCCUGUGUUGCCUGACAGUCACUCUCUCCCCCUGUGAUCAUCCGCAGGAUUAAAACAAAGGAUGUCCGUGUAAAGGUUCAGAUUAGGUUAGGAGGACUGCUCUGUGUCUUCAUAUUUCUGCUGGCAGUUGUAUUAAAGGACUCAAGAGCAAGAAGAGAGGACAGAGACCAAACCCUCAUAGGGGGGAGGGGAGUCGGUGUGAUUUACUUAGAAAAACACUGGGGUGGUGAAAGUAGUUCAUAUUCAAGAAGGUUGUUUUUUCUCCUUUUGUACCUUUGUUCAUAUUUGAUUAUCUACUCCUGCUUCUUAUUCAAAGUGAAAUUUUCCCCGAUGGAUGGCGCCGUGACAGCCCCCCCAGGUUGAGAAAUACUUCUCUCUGAUUGGCUGCCAGAGCUAUGUGUGUAAGUGUGCAUUUGUGUGUCAGUAUGGUAGACGGAGAGAGAGAGAGAGACGGACUCAGAUUUGGCAGCAGCUGUGGGGUGGAAAAGAAGGUCAGAACAGAGCGAUUUGGCUGCCUGCCAGUGCUGGACAGUGUGAGUGUGUGUUUGGCCCUGUUUGUGUGUGUUUGCGUGUGUGUGUGUGUUUUUCUCUUAUAAAAGCUGAAGUACAGCUGCUGAAAAUAGUUUGUUAUUGAAAAUUCAGUAUUGAAUUCUGGCCUCUAAAUGAAGCCCGACAAGCGCUUUUGUCAGGCAGCGGACCUCCUGACCCAGACUGCUUCAUUAUCAUCAAUGUUCUUUGAACGGUAACAGCAACACAAAUUCACAAAGAAGACAUGGGCCCAUAUAUUUGCUCUUGUUUGUCCUCCUAAGAGAUGCUCGUGUCUGUACAGUGUAGUUUCUUUCUCACUUAGUUUGAUGGAUGUGCUGCUGCUGUCUUGGUCAGGGAUCCUAAAAAGGUUAACUUGUUACACUAAUGCAACUCUCUUGGCUAAAUACAUCUGUGGUGACAGAUAACAUACUUUUAUGUGCAGCAGUCACAAACACCGGUGCGAUGUGCAUCUAUUUAUGUUUUCUGUUGUUGUUGCCACUGUCUUUGCUGUCAUUGAGGCAGAAUACACAAAAAAUGUGGCAAAUUAUCUUGUGAUUGUUUUUGCCUUUGCUCUUCAGUACAAAUACAUAAUCAGAUUUGCAUUAAGCCCUAUUACAGUCCAUUUAUACAAGUAUUUGCCUUGAUUUGUUGCUAAGGCAGUGAUGAGAGAGGAGCAGUCCUUGUACAGCACAACAGUUCUGAAUCGGUGUGAGAGUCUGAACUAAAUCCUCCAACAAAGGUAAAGGAUCCAGAUAUACCAUACCAGUGAAGGUGUCAGGACAGUCAAACAAUGUAGAUUGAAGCACUCAGUGCGACCAUGAUAUAAAUUUUCUGAUCAGUUUAUUGAGAGUAAAUGUUUCUUGGUUUGGGUUCCCAUUUUCUUUCAAACUCAGAUCAACCCUCAGAAGUCACAAAGUCUGCCAAAGUGAAGCAGUCCAGGUUUAUUUUUCAAACACACACACACACAAUCAUGCUCAUGCGUACACACAGUAGUUACUACUAUACACAGGGAGUCAAAGCAAAUAGUGAUGACAGAGAAGUCAAAUAGACACAGGCCUGAUAAGGGCUGUUCUCUUAAGUUGGAAAAUAGAUCUUCUCCUCUACUGUAAAGGAGCUUUGGUGCUGGGACUCUGACCAUCCACAAACUUUUUUCUGUAACUUUGCCAUCCUUAAAAGAUUUCUUGUGUUUUGCUUGAAAGUGUAGCUGGCUAACUAAAUUUAUGCACUACCAUCCUCACAGUAACGCCACAACAAGUCCGUGCUACAUCUUUACGUCUAGCUGUGAUGAGUACAAGCGAGUUUGUUUUUCUCUGCGAUGCAUUGAAGUUUAUAUCUGACAGGUCAUGAUCUUAAAAGAGCGCACACAGGGAAACAAUAUCACCCAUUUGACAUUAAAGAUUCAAAAGCAAAGGAAACUGCUCCAUCAUCGAUCUUUCAGGGCGUAUUGUAGAGAUGAUAAUGAUUAUGAGACACAUUUACAAACACAAUAACGCCACGUGAAACAUAAUCACUGUAUAAUCUUAACAAACAUAGAUCGAUCAGCCAUCUGAAUUCCUAUUGAUCAGAUGGAGUUAGCAAUAGCUUUAUAUGAAGCACAAUAUGCAGGGUUGGGCCUGACCGAUAUGGAUUUUUUGGGACCGAUGUCGAUACCGAUUAUUGGGGGGGGGAGUCCGAUUAAUUGGCCGAUUAAAAAUUUUUUUUAAUGAAGUUAUAAAUGCAAAAAUCGGUGAGUUUUGGCCGAUUACCGAUUAGUCUCAAACGGGCUAAAAUUGGCCGAUUUAAUUGGCUUGCCAAUAAAUCGGCCGAGCCCUAAUGCGAGGUUGUGCAGAAAUCAAAAUCUAACAAGUGUAGCAAUGUUACAACUACGGCUGGGUGAUAUGGCCUCAAAUCAGUAUUACGAUAUAUUGAGUAUUUCACCUCGACAACGGUAAAUAGACGAUAACUACUCCACAAGCCGCUCACCCCCUCCCACAUAAACUUCGUCGACUUCAGCUGCCGCUCUAGCCGCUACAACUUUUGAACCGUCCUCCAUAUCCUCACCCGUCUUUCCCUCUUUGUUACAGACUGGAUGGGGUGGAGUCACAUCUCUGACAUAAGACAGCCUCUUAAAGGGACAUGAGACUAUAGCCUACCUACACACACCCAAAACCAACUUUUAUUUAUUUACUUCUUUUUGGACACCAAAUACAUUGACAUGGGCGAAAUGUCUUUGGUUAUUGUUGUAAAUAACCCAGCCCUAGUUACGACAAUGUGUGUCAGCUUCAGAGAGCAUUUAAUUUCAUGUUGUGCCGCAGAGAUGCCUUAAUUUAAAAAUCUUGUUAUACAGAUGCAGGAAAACAAAAACAUUGUAAUGCAAGAAAUUAUAAUGCUCAUUAAAUUUGCAUUCCCUCACAGUUGUAAUAAUUGUUGUUAUGAUCUAUUGUGAUUUAAUUCUUUGCAGUCCCAGUUAUAAUGUAGUCAGUGACAAAUGAAACAGCCCAUCCAUUCACCAAACCGUACCUUCCUUCUCUAUCGUAUCCUCAAACCAACAAUAUACAGUUUAGUUUUAGAAACCAACAAAUGCAGCAAAUUCUCUUCAAUAUCAAUCAGAUUAAAGUCAAUACUGUUACUGAUGGCCAGACAAGCCCCAUGUAUGAUCACUUUCUGCCAAUGUGCUUGUGGUUCAUGUUGAUGCAAACAAGUUUAGUCACUUUAUCUUACUUCACUCACACAAGACAGCAGACAAAGGUAUCAUCUCAGCCAUCACGAUAAUAAUAAGUAAAGUUAUUUAGCUAUAAACACUGCGGUUCUAGAGUGAGGUGAAUUGAUCCUGUGAAGUUGAAUCUUUGUUUUUCCCACAAAGUAAAACUAAGACUGUCAGUCAGUCAGUCAGAGGGACUGUGAUUGACAAACACAGACCUGUUCACUGGGACUCGAAUAGUUUAGGGAAAUGGGAUACCUGAGACACGUCUCUGAAGAAAAGCGCUGUUUUGAUUGCUGACACGUUUUCUGAGGCAGUUAUUCAAUCUGUAUUCUCCUGAUUGAUUUGUUGCAAAACAGCUUACUUCCCUCUGUUACUCUGAAAUCUCCCGGGACGAGCCCUUGACUUCCAGCAGUGUUGCCGUGACUAAUGCGCUGCUGCACUGAAUGUUUCCUCCCAGUGUUUUUUGAACCCCCGGUGUAAAAACGGCACAUCAUGAAUUUAUGUUGAAAAUUUAACCAUGCGGACCCUCUGUAUAUUCAUGAUUUAGGAGUCUCACUGAACAGAGAGGGUGUAUCCAGUGAGAUGUAAUAGUCAACAUGAAGUCAUAUUCAAACUAGCUUAACAUGCAUUUUCUGUUUUGUAUCUUUAAUGGACUGAAAGGUGGAGCAGGUCAGCUUACCGUCCUUCGACUAAUGUGCCCAUGAGCAACCUUCGAAUUAAAAAGUCAGAGUUUUUAAGGACGUGCAAAUGCCCCAAACAUGAACUGUCUGUAAUCCUAAAGAGGCUGUACUACUGAGAGACGCAACACAACAGAAGCAGCAGCUUGAGACAAAAAGACUGCCUGCUGUCUGAAUGCAGCAAUCUCAUCUUUCAUUUAUCUUGUUGAAACGCGGUUACUUUGUUCUGAAAACCUUUCUGAAUAUUUCAGACGGCUUUAUUACCGUUUUCUUCUGAGAACAGAGCAGAUCUUGUUUGUGUUUGUUAAAGUUACCGUGUUUUAUCUUCUUGAAGGUUUUUUUUUUCUGCUGCUUUUAAAGUUUUCUUAGUUGGUUUCUGUCUCACCUUUUUCUGACUCUUUCCUUCUUCUUCUUCUCCUCCAGGCAGUGAAGAGCUAAAGAGGAUGGCUCACUCUAAAGCUCGAGUCACAGAUGGGAAGGUGACCUACCCCCCGGGGGUCAAAGAAAUCUCGGACAAAAUCUCCAAAGAGGAAAUGGUCCGCAGGCUCAAGGUCGGUGUGUUUCUGCAGCAGCUGUCUCCUCGGUUUAUUCUGUUCAGAUUGCACAGAUUCAUCACAUCAUGCUUCUCUUUAUAAUAGUGGCCCAUCAUCAAGCAUCAUUGAUAUUUUUGGAAAGUUUUUUUUUCCCCUUUUGAACAAUAAAAUCACUCAGAUCUCUGUAAUUUUUCACUCAGAUGGUUGUGAAGACCUUCAUGGACAUGGACCAGGACUCCGAGGAAGAGAAGGAGUUGUACCUGAACCUGGCCCUCCACCUGGCCUCCGAUUUUUUCCUCAAACACCCAGACAAAGAUGUCCGUCUUCUGGUGGCCUGCUGUCUGGCAGACAUAUUCAGAAUUUACGCUCCAGAGGCUCCGUACACCUCCCCAGAUAAACUCAAGGUGCAGAGAUGGAAAUGUUGUUUUUUAGGAUGUGAUUGUGCAGAACUCUUUAGUCGUCGCUCUGAAAUGUUGGCAGCAAAACAAAACUCUUUGAACAUUAGCUGCUCUCAUGAUACAAAUCAUCUAUUUACAGAACUGAUGCCAAUUUGAUGCUAAUUAUUUUGAAAUGCCUGCAGUGAUCAAUCUGAAACGGAUUAGUUGGUCUGUCUCUACAACUAAUACACAACUGAAAUUCAUCAUUUAUUUCUCCAAUUAUGUUUUUUGGCAUCAAAGCUAUUAAACUUCUAUAUUUGUUCUGUUGUGCUCGAUGGCUACUUCCAGUAUGUGUGUGCAGAGUUCCAGUAUUGAUGGUGUGUGUGUGUUUGUGUGUGUUUUCUCUUCCCCAGGACAUUUUUAUGUUCAUCACAAGACAGCUCAAAGGACUGGAGGACACCAAGAGCGCUCAGUUCAACAGAUACUUCUACCUGCUGGAGGUGCGUCACUGCUCAUGUAGUUUUACCACACCUGAUGAUCUAAAUCGACGCUCACAUCGUCCUGCAGUUAUUCUUUUUAAAUAGUGAUAAACACAGCAGAUUAAAAAUAAAACGAGAAUAAGAAAUUAAUUAAUUGAACACUAAGUUGGAAAAAACACACCAGGCAUACAUUAUGUUGUAAAGCAGUGCGGCUCUCUCUAUCUUUAAGACUCACUACAACUUAAGCCUGAUUUUAGGAUGUUCCUUUGGUGGGUGAAUAUUCCUCUGCGGCGUCUGUUGCUGAACAACAAUAACCUAAUAUAGAUGCAUAAUAGAUUUUCUCCGUUAAUUAAAACUCUAAUGGUCUUGAAUAUUUCUUUUGUUGUAGCAAUGCUGCAGAGUCUGAGUCAGGAAAGAGAAGCUCUGCUCCUUUUGAGCGCUUGUUGAUGGAGUGAUGUUUUAUUGAAUAGUUGUAUAAAUGGCUCGGCGAGGCCUACUCAGAAGUCUAUUUUUAACUAUUCAACCCGUUUGAGACGUUGGUUGUUGUUUCGCUCGUUGGCUCAGUUUCAGAAUACAGUAACAGUGUCGGCUCUGCUUUUAAUCUACAUCAGCGAAUAAAGAAUAUUUGAGUCUGACAGUUCCGUCUCUUAUCAGUGAGAGGCUGCAGCAGUCCCUGUUGGUACAAAACAGUUUUGAAAAAUGUUGCACGGCUUUUGUAAAAAUCUAAAUCUGCCCUGUUUUUUUUUCUGUUGGGUUUAGUCUGUUUUUCAGUCUUCUGUUUUUGUUCUUAAAAUGUUCCUUCAAAGUGAUUUUAAGAAAGUUAAUAAGGGGCAACUUGAGCCUAAUUGGAAAUAAAGAUCGACUUGAGUUUCCUCUAGAUUUUAAUCAGCAGAAAUAAAAAGCCAGUGUUCAUCGUUGAACAGUAGAAACAUUUGAACCAAACGAUGGUGGAAAGAGGAAAUUAGUUUGGGUAAUAUCACUUUCUCCACGCUUAUACAACAAAAUUAUAAAAUUUAUUAGCUACUCGCUGCGUUAGCGUUACUGAUUGAAAACAGCUCCAGGUAAACUGUGAUAAAAAGAGUGAGUUUAUUCAGUGUAAGAUGGAUAUAUAAUGAGGAACAUCACUCUUUUGUUUCACUCUGCUUAACAGUGAGCUUUACAACAUCAGAAUUCAGAUCUGCCUUUUUGAUAUGAUCACCAAGAAUGAGCUGAAUGUUGUUUCCAGCCAAAAAUAAAGCGAUAAAUAGCAAAAACGUAAUAUCUGUCUGAGACGCAAGAAGCAGACAGGUAUGUAUGAAAGAGGAUUAGGACCACAAGAAGAGAAAAAAUAAUGACAGGACAGAGAUUUUUGUAUUUCACUUUUGAGAGUAAAGUUCAAAUUAUAAUAAGUCAAAAUUUCAAUUUUAUUCAUGUCAAAUUUAAUCUCGAAAUUUUGACUUUAAUCUUGAUAUUCUAAUUUUACAAUCUCAAAAUUUCGACAUUAUUCACGAAAUUUCGACAUUUUGUAAUCUCCAAAUUUUGCAUUUAAUCUGGAAAUUUCAAUUUGUAAUCUCAAAAUUUUGACUGUAAUGACAGAAUUUCCAUUUUAUUAAUGUUGAAAUUUUAACUUCAAUCUUGAAAUUUCGACUUUAUUUACAUAAUAUUGAUUUUUUUUUAAUGUCGGAAUUUCGACUUUAAUCUCCUUCCUGUAAUUAUUUUUUUUCUCUUCAUGUGGCCCUAAUCCUCUUCCGUAGGUCUGCGUAGUGACUAGUGUGUGAUCAUAGUGAAGCUUUGAGCAGCCAAAGAGCAUGAAAUGAUCAUUUAGAGUGGAUAGAGAGCAAAAAUAGAGGUUAAGAGGGUUACUAUCUGAUUCAUUUGUUUGUAGUUUCAUGUUUGGGUGUUUGUCUUUAAUUGGAUUGGAUUGGAAAGAGAGACCGGAAAUGUGAGGGGUAGAGAGUGGGGAAGAUAUGCAGCAAAGGGUCAUGGGAGGGAGUCUAAUCAGAGACUGCUGGAAAGAGGACUGUAACCUCUGUAUAUGCGGCUCAAACUGAGAGGCCAACCAGCACCCUUUAUUUUGCCUGAGUAACUCAAACACCACUCUACUUAAAUGCUGUAAAUUUUGCUCUUUUACCACCCGAGGCGUAAAUAAACAACUGUUUCAAUUCAGUGACAACUCGACUUAAAAGGAUAAUAAAUAUAAAUGUUGAAUUGCUCUUUGUUUCCUCUGAGUUAAAGUGUGAAAGGAAGUGACUUUGAUUUGAUUUUGACCUCCUGCCUCUUCUCUGUUGUUCAGAACAUAGCAUGGGUGAAGUCCUACAACAUUUGCUUUGAGCUCGAAGACAGCAAUGAGAUUUUCACCCAGCUUUAUCGAACGCUCUUCCAGGUCAUCAAGUAAGUCUCACUAAGAUUGUUAUCACUUGCAUGCUCCUUUUCAGUAUGCCCACCCCCCCCCCUUUCUUUUUUUUUUUUGCUAUUCAAAUCAGCAGCAUGCAGUGACAGAAACAAGCCCCCGUGUCCCUCUCUAACACCACAAUCUGUCUCCACUCCUGCAUCCUGAAACAGCUCAGUAGCAGUCCAGUUGUUUCUCUUUGAUUGCCCUUCUUCCUCUCUCCCCUCUCUCUCUCUCUCGCUCUUUCUCUCCUCAACCCGCUCUCAAUUUCACUCUGCUCAACACAACCUUGAGGGCUGAAUUCUGCAGCACAGAAUUUGGCUAUUUGCCAUCUGAGCAAAACAGUGGUUGUGUGUGUGUCAAGGUUGUGCUGGCACAAUGCUCGUUUUCUUAUAUAGGAGCAAUCUAAAGAGCUCUGCUUCCCUUUUGAAAUACUUGCAGGGAGCUUGACGGUUUUUUUUUUUGGGGGGGGGGGGUGCAGCAGCCCUCUUGUUUGUGUGUGCAUGUUACUCUGUUAGUGAAUGAGAGGUAAUGAGACUUGUAAUGCCUGGCAGCAUCCAGGGCAGCAAUUGCAGAGAUACAAAUCGAGGUAAUAAGCUUUACCUCCUGCAGUCACGCAGAUCAGUAUGAGGCAGUAAACCCACCCUCAUCUCUGUCUGUGUGGCCCCAGUUUGGGUUUGAAAUGAGAAAUACAUUAAACACAAACAUGAAUCCCUGCUGCUGAGUGAAACACAUCCAUGUUGCCUUAAACACUGAUGGCUCUGUAAGCAAAAUUAGAAAUGACUACACUUUGUAAACUACCUAGAAAAUGUCAUUUAUGUUUUAAACCCAGUCAGCUGUAAUUUGCUGGUACGUUUGGAGAGGAUUUUUAAAAUGAUGCCAUGAUGCCAUCUGUGACCUUUUAACCCUUUGUGCUUCGUUUCCCUAGCAACGGCCACAACCAGAAGGUGCACAUGCAUAUGGUGGACCUGAUGAGCUCCAUCAUCUGCGAGGGAGACACCGUAUCCCAGGAGCUGUUAGACACCGUGCUGGUAAACCUGGUGCCAGCUCAUAAGGUACAGCAACAUGCACAAUACGGAUUCAUGAGCACAUGCACACGGUCCCAUCAUGGAUGCUGGUGCGAAUCAAAAAAUGGGUCGCUAACAGUCAUAAGUGAGCGUACAUGUCAGUAGACUGUGCUCAAGAUCAUUUUCCAUACACUGCAAUUCAGUGAGACCCCUGCAGGUGAGGAAAGGUAGUGCAUGUUUUGCACAAACCUCAGUGGAGAGCUCUACCCGCUCCAAGCAUCUUAAUGUGAUGCUGUGGAUCUUAGAAAAGCAAUGACUCGUAGUUUACACCCAUAUUUGUUAAAAAUGUUGUAUUGUUAAACAGAUUUUUGUAAAAAACAUGUGUGUUUUUCUCUUUUUGCAGAAUUUAAACAAACAAGCAUAUGACCUGGCUAAAGCUCUGCUGAAGAGGACUGCUCAGGCUAUCGAGCCCUACAUAACCAAUGUAAGUCUGUUUGCUUGGACACAUACUUUGUUCACACUUUGAUGUGUUUGGCUGGAUUUUGUAUUUGCAGUCAACGUGGGAUACUUUUUAUAUGCAUACAAUUAAAUCGAGGAGUUUUUCAGAGCUGGAACACUUAAGUGAUGUGUAGUCUUACCUCAUGCAAGAGUGUUUAGACUAGAAUAAGAAAUCUCUUGGACCUGCUGGGCUGUCAUACCUGUGCAAAAUCAGCCAUCAGCAUUAAAAGUUUGAUGUAUCACACGGUUUAAAUCAGAUACAUCCAGUUUCGGUCUCAUUUAUCCAUUUACUUCAGGCUCCUGAAAUGGGAUGAAAUGGUAGGUUUGAGGAGGAGCCCUGACAAUUCAGAGUAGAUGUGUGAUUGGGUAAAAACUAGAUUCCUCCAAGCUCUAAGGGUGCUUAGUUUUGACUGAUGUUUAACCUCAUAGUGUCAUAAAGGAACACAGUAAGGAAACAUCUCUGUAAUUGUCUAGCCAAUCAAGCACAGUAGUAACAACAGCAAACCAUUUGGCUGUAGUUUUGGCAGUGCGGGCAGGUGCUAAAUUCAGCUUUGCUAUAAAGGGUGUUGUCUGCAACUCAAGCGUGUCUCAAUAUUCCAAAUCCAAAUAUAAACUCAUGAUUUUGGGGAAAAGAGAUUUGGCUGUAAAAUGUUCAUAUUCAUUGUUUAAAAGCACUUGAUAAAACGAGGUUUGAGUCUCAGGACCAUGUUGGUUCUCCAUUUGGAUGUGUUAGCAGUCAUAUUUAUCUGUAUCUCUCUGCUUCAGUUCUUCAACCAGGUGCUGAUGCUGGGAAAGACUUCAGUCAGUGAUCUGUCCGAACAUGUUUUUGAUCUCAUCCUGGAGCUCUACAACAUAGACAGCCACCUGCUGCUGUCAGUGCUGCCGCAGCUGGAGUUCAAACUCAAGGUAACAAAAACACUCGAAACACUUUAAAACCCUGAAGUGCUCUGCAAUUUGACAAUAGAAAUGUAUGUAUCAUAUGUUAUGACGGUGGUUCUCAAAUCCAGUCCUCGAGCCCCCUCACUGUCCUGCAUGUUUUGGAUGUUUCCCUGCUCCAACACACCUGAUUCAAAUGAUUAGCUCGUUAUUGAGCCAUUACAGAGCUUGGUAACGAGCUGAUCAUUUGAAUCAGGUGUGUUGGAGCAGGGAAACAUCCAAAACAUGCAGGAUAGUGGGCCUCGAGAACUGGACUUGAGAACCACUGUGUUACGAUACGUUAGAGGUAUCUGAACAAACAAGAUAUGAUAAGAAUAAUAAUGAUCUUGAUAUUUAAGGUGAUGUCUACAGCAGCAGUUAUUGUGUUAGUACUUGUGUUGUAUGUGUAGUCAUUACCCACACAACAGACUCAAAGCCAGAGUCCUUGCCUCUCACACACAGAAUUACACAUUUCCACUUUCUCUGCAGGUUUGUUGAUUCAUAUUAGAAAUAUAAAGCAUUCAGCCAGUCAGCAUAAUGUUGCCACUGCAGUGUCUCAUAAAGGCAUCCCGCUGAUGGAUAACGCUCAUUAACUGUUCAGAAGGAGUGUAGAUCACUGCUGUCUCCUCAAAAUAAUAGCUGCGAUAAAAUCUCUCCCUCUAGGACUACACACUCUCGCUCUCUCACUCUUUCUCUUUUUCUUCAUGUCUUUGAUACUUAUUUAUUUUUCAUCUUUAUCUCUGCAAGCUUGUUUUCCCUCCCUCCUGCUCUCCUCUCAUCCUCUUCACUUCCCCGUCUUUACUGUCUUUUUGUCCCUGCUGUUUUCCUUCCUUUUGCUUCUUUCUAAAACAAGAUUAAAUACCAACCGAACCGCUGCUUUUUGGGUUAUUCAAACUCUAAUGCUGCCAGCGUAUUGAAUGUAAAUGCCUCGGCUUGUUUGUCCAUUCAGCACAGCCCAACUUUGCGCAUCACUGCCCUCUGUCUUUUCUCCCCCUCCUCUGUCUCUGCAGAGUAAUGAUAAUGAUGAGAGGCUGCAGGUGGUGAAGCUGCUGGCUAAGAUGUUCGGAGCCAAGGACUCGGAGCUGGCUGCGCAGAACAAACCUCUCUGGCAGUGUUACCUGGGCAGGUGGGUUACAGGCUGGGGUCAUGGCAUUGACAGAUCCUUGAGUUGCUGGAAAUGCCUUCAAACCCUCACGGAUAAUACCGACAAUUCUCUUUUAUAAGUGUUUACCAAAAGUCCAGUUUUCUGUCUUCUUUUUUUUUGUUAUAUUUUAUAAAAUUUGGUGCAGACUCACAUUAUGACAACAUUUUGGUCAGUCAUUUCUUUUACUUUCCUGAAUAGUGAAGGAAACUUGUUUACGCUAUUUUAGCUCAUCUUUUGACAUUUGUUAAAAAGUAUCUUUAACACCAUCUUAUGCGCCAUUAUCCUUUUUUAUUUUUCAACACUUUAUUUUCAACACUUCUGUUAAUACAUAGUGUUUUUAGUGUUUAAUUUGUCAGUAUGAGGUGUCUGUGCCCGGCAAAAUCCUGAUAAAUCUUCGUAGAAACUUCAACCAUUGUCACGCCCACUUACUGGCUGCUGUCAGCUUGAAAUCACUACAUUUAACAGCAUUAACCGACUAAACCAACAGAACACAAAGGGUAAAUGUCAGUCCUUGGACAAAAGUCUGGAGAAAACAAAAUUUAAACCACGGCUGAGGUCUGUCAGUGGUGUUUCCCAGCAGGCAGGAAACUAAACUAACAACAGCUAACCAGCAAAUUUCAAUUUUCUGUUUGGUGAGUAAGUCUCUCACUAUAUACCGAUGCUGUCUCUUUAAGGGACACAAAAAUAUAACAAAGGAAACAAGAAACCAAAUGAUAGUCACAGCCUAACUGUGUGUUUUGCAUGAACUGUGGGAGUUAUCAAAAUCAAUUUUAAAAUAUACAACAUUAAACCUCAAGUUAAGGGAAAUUUAAGGUGUGUUCCUGAAAUCUCAAAUGAUAAAGAUUAAGUCUAAAAAAUGUCUUAAAGGUGCACAGUAUCACUUCAGGAUCAUGGUAUAAACUCUGCCAUUUGUUUUAUUUACCUUUUAUGCCAAACUGCUGUUGAAAACAACAACAAAAAUGUUGAUUAAAACCAGUGAAAUUCUUAUCAUAAAAAUCUACAACCAGCAAAAGUUGCCAUGUUUGCUUAAUUAUCAAAACUGAAAAUGAGUCCAUUUUAAAAUAUAAUUGUCUUUCUGUUUGUUUAGCUUUCUUUCUGACUUCCUUAAUAAGACCUCAGGUUUAUUCGGAUCCUGCCUGAACUUCACAUUACAUUAACAGACGUUUCCUUUCCUUAAAGGUUUAACGACAUCCACGUGCCUAUCAGAUUGGAGUGCGUGAAGUUCGCCAGUCAUUGUCUAAUGAACCACCCAGACCUGGCUAAAGACCUCACAGGUAAACCAACCAGCCCUCGCCUUGAACGUCCAGUUAUUCUGCUUCUCAUAAAAUGUGACUAGCUUUGUUGUUGUACCUUUUAAAUGUAGGUACUGGAGACAAUUCAAUAAGUUCUCGCUUUGGUUAUUCUAAGUGCGCUCAUUUAUUUCUGUCUUCUUUCCCAGAAUUCUUGAGGGUCAGAUCACAUGACCCAGAAGAGGCCAUCCGCCAUGAUGUCAUUGUCUCUAUAGUAACAGCAGCCAAGAAAGACUUGUCUCUAGUCAAUGAUGCAUUACUUAAUUUUGUAAAGGAGAGGACCCUGGACAAGAGAGUGAGUGGGGAAAAUUGUUCAUAUAUUUCCAUACCAUACUUUCCUCUCCAGUCUUUGCCAGCAAGCAUUGAUAUUAUUGUUUGUUUUCAACGUUAUUAAUAUUAUGAUCUUUAACUUUAAUUAUUUAUCACAAUACGAGUCAUUUUUUCUCUAUAUAUAUGUAUAUUUAGACUCUUAAAGAGGACCAUGAACUGAAUGAGCAUCAAACAUUCAGUGCAGACACAGAAACCACAUUGUGAAAAAACACUAAAAAUUUCAGAUCUUUAAAGAACCGCUAAUAAAAAUAAUGAGCACACAUGACACGCUUCUAUACAUCCACAAGAACUCUGUUGUUCAGAGGGUGUUAGUUUCCACUCGGUGUGCUCGGAUAGAUGUUGAUGCGUCAUGUGAUACAUGAAAUCUGUGCAUUUAUGAGUGACAAUUGAUUUCUCUUUGGUAACUUUGGACAUCCCCUAUCUGCGUAAUGUGUGCAUUAGCCAAGCCUCAUGUGAGACUAUCUCAGCUACUUUGUGGCAGAAGGGGGUUGAAGAUGGCAAGAUGAAGCAUUUCCACACCACUUGAUGUCUUGAUUUCCGUAACAGCUCUUUGCUAGUUUAUGUUGCUUCUUGUACAGGCAAGUGAGGUUUGCACAGAUGGAGCCCAAACUUCCCUCUAACUCUCUCUAAAACAGCACAUAUCUUAAAGUUUCAACCAGCCCAGCCUUGGUCAUGUGACUGUUUUUCCUUUUUGAGAACUCCAGCCAUUUAACCAGUCAUAAUUUCCCUUGUCCUGUCUGUUUUCAUCAGUGGCGUGUCCGUAAAGAGGCCAUGAUGGGCCUGGCGUCCAUCUACAGGAAGUACUCGCUGCAGGGAGAGGGAGGGAGGGAGGCCUCUAAACAGAUUUCCUGGAUCAAAGACAAGCUGCUCCAUAUCUACUACCAGAACAGCAUCGACGACAGGUUUGUGUUCCUGGCAGCUGUAGGAAAUCAAAACACUGUCAUUAAAUUCAACGGAGGAUUUAGUCCUGCUGGGAGAAAUGUUUAAAAAGUGAACAUUUUAAAGCUUUAAAACUGCUGAUUAGACUCUCUGAAAGUCUGCUGACUUAAUUUGUGCAGCUGCAGCUUUGUAUAAACAAAAACUGUCAGUAAGUCGCCUUUAAUUUCUGCAUUUGUUGUUCUUUGAUUGAUUUGUCUUCCUUUAGAUAGCCGGCAAAUGUGGAUGAUAAUAAUAUCACAUUAAAAUGGAGUAGACAGCGGACUUUAACAGUGUGUCAAAACCUUUCAUUUGUCUCGGACAGGUUUGAACAGUUAAAGGCUUCACUCUCCACUCAAACUCUAUAUUUUAAGAGUCACUCAGGGAAAAUGUUGUUGAAGAGGAGCCUACAGUAGCCUCUGGAUAUCAAAGCGCUGAGCAGUAACAACUGUUUUCAUCGUUAGGUAAAAGAUGUAGGACUCAUUUUGUGAGUCAGCGUCACUUUGAGUCGAAAACUUUGGUUUUGUUAUUUUUUUCUCGACCAACACAAACAACAAGGAGAGUCUAAAGUGCCUCUCUGGUGGUUGUUGAAAGUCAUUCUGCUGAAUGUCAAAAGCUAAAGCAGCACUUAAAUAAAAAAGGUGGGAAAAAAGGAAAAAAUCCAAAUACACAACAGCAACCAUGAAACAACACCCCAGCCUGGGAUCUGACUGCAGAGAAGUGUUUGAGGGUGCAGUCCUUUGAGUCACUGUGCUGCAGUGGAGCCGCUCAGCUGCCAAAGGCAAAAAGUCUGUGUUGUGACAGACAGUACCUGAGAGAUAGAGAGAGAGAACGAGUGUUUCUCUGCCAAAUUUAAACACUUUGAGCUUCUUAGCAAACAAAAUCCUGUAAAUUUGAUUGUUUAAACUUUAAGAUUGUGGGAUUAUGUCGAGUGUGAGAGCCCGUUCCACUCCACAAAGAUGCUCUAAAUUCAAGUUUCUCUUUUGUUUCUUUCCUCUCAUGUACGUGUCAGGUUGUUGGUGGAGCGAGUCUUUGCCCAGUACAUGGUCCCUCACAACCUGGAAACCACAGAAAGGAUGAAGUGUCUGUACUACCUGUAUGCCACCCUGGACACAAACGCUGUCAAGUAAGUCUAGGACCAGUGCUAAAAAAAGACACCUCUUCUUUCUCCAGUUUUUGAACCGUGUCAAAGAGAAGUUCAUAAUGACACCUUUUAAUUCCUUAUCCCCCUUUGACCUUUAGAGCUUUGAACGAGAUGUGGAAGUGCCAGAAUCUGCUGAGACAUCAUGUCAAGGACUUGCUGGACUUGGUCAAAAAACCAAAGGUAAUCCAGACCACUAAAAAACUGAUUGGCAGGUUAUGCACUCAUGUUGUUUCAUAUUUCAGUAACACUUAAUUUUUUGGUACACUUAUUACCUAGGUAAUUACCUAGUAACAACAUUACAAAUUAUCUGGUAAUUACAUGAUAACUACUAAGUCAAUACUGUCUAGCUACCAGGGAGGUAACCUUCCAUCAUCAUACAAAUCUGAAGCCGAAUUGCUCUGGUAUUUGCUGUGAUAAUGCUCGGCUCAAACGGUGUAUCACUCCGCAAUCUUUGCACGCCCAUAGGCUGUAUCAAGUGUCAAUCAAAGAAAAUAAGAACCCCAAAUAGCUUUUGAAAAUAGAGCUGCACAGAAAAAAAGAAAAAAAGAAAAACUAGACAGUAUUGACUUAAUAGUUGUUAUGUGAUUACCAGAUAAUUUCAUGUCGUUACUAAGGAAUUACCUGUUAAUUACCUGGUAAUAAGCGUACCGUAAAAGAAAGCGUUACCCAUAUUUCUAAUCUGAUUGUUCCUGUUGUUUGUUUGUGUUUGCUGCAGUCAGAGGCAUCGAGCAAAGCCGUUUUCGCCAAAGUCAUGGUGAUCACAAGUAAGGACACGCAUCAUAUAAGUGCAUGCAUCCAUUUGAAUUACAGAUUUAGACCUCCAUGUCGGUCUCUCAAUCAGCAAAGCCUCGGUUCUGCAGAAACUGCUGAAACAAAAUCCCCCUCACUUCCUGUGUUAUGAAUCUGUUCUUUGUAGAUAUCAGCUCUUUCAUUUUGUCCGCACAGGGAACCUUCCAGACCCGGGCAAAGCUCAGGACUUUGUGAAGAAGCUGGCUCAGGUCCUGGAUGAUGACGAGCGGAUCAGAGAUCAGUUGGAAACCUUGGUCAGCCCCUCAUGCUCCUGCAAGCAGGCCGAAGUCUGUGUGGUGGGUAUUGAUGUUUCCCAGAUCAGAUCACAGAGUUGUGCCCUCUCUUUGAAAUUCCGCCGCCUCUCUCCUGGCUUUGUUUUUAUUAUUUAUCUCUACGAUAACUCUCCCUUAAAGAUAAAGUCGCACCAAAUUCAUUGAAGGAUAACCUGGGAAGCUUUUUCACUCUGACAGAGUAUUAAGUCCUUUUUUUUUUUUAAAGUUACAAAACCAAGAGAAGAAAACAGUUGAGCUAAUGAAGGAGAGUGUUUGCUGUUCUCUCUCACACAGCGUCAAUAAUAGAUUUUUAAACCCCCUGCUGUGCUGUUGAACCUCUAAUGAUCCCUGAAAAAGACUCUCUUCAUCCACCAGCACUGAAGCAACAGAAAGAUUUUUCAGCAGUUUCACAAUUAGAUGUUGUUUUAGAGCAAAUUCAGCUCUUUACUGACUAACAUCCUACAGAGUUCAAGCAUUUAAUGACAGGAUGUUUUAGUUUAGACUCUGGUUUAGUUCAUGUUUGCUCUCAAACUGCUCAUAAGUUCAAGAUGCGUACAUGAAAAUAGUCAGAUUUAGGGCUGGGCAAUAUGGGAAAAGUUUAUCACAAUAUAAAUUUUUUUCAUAUCAGUCGAUAUCGAUUUAUAUCACGAUAUGAAAAAUGAAAUUUAACAGUGCUUGUUGGUAGCAUGUCCUUUGCAAAACAAGAAGCUACUGCAUCUGUGAGGUCUUUGUGUCUCUUUGACGUUUUGUCGUAAAGCGUCGCACUAGACCAGUGGUUCUCAAGUCCAGUCCUCGAAGCCCCUCACUGUCCUGCAUGUUUUGGAUGUUUCCCUGCUCCAACACACCUGAUUCAAAUGAUCAGCUCGUUAUUAAGCCAUUUCAGAGCUUGAUAACGAGCUGAUCAUUUGAAUCAGGUGUGUUGGAGCAGGGAAACAUCCAAAACAUGCAGGACAGUGGACCUCGAGGACUGGACUUGAGAACCACUGCAGUAGAGAACGCAGUCUGAAUGGUUGAUUCAGCGUGGCGCAGACCCAGAGCAACUCCCCUUUUCAUUGGCUGUUCGUAUAGUCUACCAAAACAGGGCAGAAUACUGGCUAUCGAAAAGCAUAUUGAUCAUGUUUCAUCUCGAUAUCAGGGUACAUUCAUUUUUGAGACAUAUUAUUAUCGUUUUAUCGCCCCGCUAUAGUCAGAUUACUAUUUCAAGAGUGUUUAAGUUGAGGGUUUUAAAGCAAACGGUUCUUAUAGACUCACCUGACGGAUGAAGCUUCAUCCCUUCAUCAUCAUUACAUCAGUCCUGUCACUCUUCUCUAGUUUAUCCGUGCCUGAAUGGAGAGAGAAUAUUUUAUAACCGUUGUAAAUGCAGAACAAGAAGCGUUUCCCCUCUCCCUCUCUCUGCUGCUGCACUCCAUGUUAGCUUUGAAAAUGUCAUCAAUUACAGGGUCAGUUAAAAGUAAAACUGAGGUAUAAUUGGGGCUGACCUGGUAGGAUUGGUUCCCUGACUUUUAUAACCAAAAGGAAAAUAGAGUUCAUGACAUAAACCACUGCCUCUGAAAACCUGAUUGCUUGAGUAAAUAAUGUGCGAAUUAAAAUGAGCCGAAUACAAAAGGCCUUUAUGGCUUAUAUCUAGGGUGCAGUAUAUAAGAGAGGGAGUAGGGUACUGGUGGACAGGAUGUAUGUGCUUUAUAAACACAUUGUGUGUGAACGGGGGCACAGAUGAAUGUGCGAUUAGAGCGCUGGGAUGUAGAGCGAAUGUUUAUUUAUUUAUCAUGCUUAUUAUUUAUGGCCUAUAAUGAGGCUGCCUGUUGUUUAUGUUAUGUUAUUUUUCUUCUCUUUAUCAUCCAGUGAUUAUAAUCCUUCACUUAGUUUGUAUCAUUUGUAUUUUUCUUUCACAGUUAACAUGAAAAAUAGACAAAAAGAUCUAAAUAUGAAUUUAAACAUACAUGUAAAAAAAUCUGGCAGAUCAUAGGGCUUCAUGUAAGCGAUACUGUUGCAGUCAUCUGUGUUUCAAACCUGGUUAAUGAACCUCACAUCUCUUCCAAGUCCAAAACAAAGUAUUUUUAUAGUAUUUUGAUACAUGUUGAUUACUUCUGUGUCACCUUACAGCGAGACAUCACUAAGAAGCUCGGCAGCCCCAAACAGCCCAGCAAUCCUUUCCUGGAAAUGGUCAAAUUCCUGCUGGAGAGAAUCGCUCCUGUACACAUCGACACGGAGUCUAUCAGGUACGCUUCAACAAAAACUCCUUUAAUUUUAAUUCUCUCUUGAACACUUUAAUCACAGAUCCUUAAGAUACAGAAUUGAACGGUCUUGUAUCUCUCUUUUAUCCCUCAGCGCGUUGAUAAAGCAGGUGAAUAAAUCUAUAGACGGAACAGCUGAUGACGAGGAGGAGGGCGUCCCCACUGAAGAGGCUAUCAGAGCAGGACUGGAACUGCUGAAGGUGGAAAAUAUGUUUCUAUCUGUGAAAUACGAUGAAUAUUAGGUGUUCAUCGCAUUACUUCAGCGUCGCUCCACCCUGUUAAAGCACACUGCAUGAAGAGAAAAUGAAUCAAAAUGAUUGGCCCCACACUCGUGGGUGUAUGUGUGAAUUACUGCCUACAAAUCCAGCAAUCAGUGAAUGAUUAGACUUCUUGUGCUCCUGUCUCAGUGAGUGAUAUAAUUGAUGAUGGGCACAAAGCAGUAGAGGGAGAAAUGAACAAACAUUGACUGAUAACAUCACUGAUGCAGUUUCCCCUGGAGGUGUGGUUGACAGCUGCAUCAAUCUCAGUGAAACAAACACAUUAAAUAAUGAUGAUUUGAAAGCUUCAAUCCUUUCACUUAAUCCGUGUUAAAUCAUUGAAUAUAUCAAACCUUUUCUGUGAUGACUGUGGGAUUAAUUGUAGAAAGAGUCCAGACGCUGAGCUUGAUUUGUUUUUGUUUUUUUCUCCCACAGGUGCUGUCGUUCACACACCCGGUGUCGUUCCACUCUGCAGAGACAUUCGAGUCCUUGUUAGGGUGUCUGAAGAUGGACGAUGAGAAAGUUGCAGAGGCCGCACUGCAGAUCUUCAAGAACACAGGCAGCAAAAUGGAGGAGAGUUUCCCUCACAUCAAAUCGUACGUUUCAUUGCCUGAUUGGUGAAACCCCAAUUUUCAACAUGACAGGAUUUUUAUUAUUAUGAGAGAACUUUCUGGUGUUUGUAACUGUUUGUCCUGCUUGCUCCCCCAAGUGUUCUGCUGCCGGUACUGCAGGCGAAAGCAAAGAGAGGCCCCCCUCGCCAGGCCAAGUAUGCCAUCCACUGCAUCAAUGCCAUGUUCACCAACAGAGACACACACUUCGCUCAGAUCUUUGAGGUCAGUCAUUCACAAAUUCUUGUUUCUAAGUUUUGAUUUGAUGAACAGAAUGUGUGAAGUUUUUUCUAAUGACUCCAUAUGUUCAGGGUAUCCACUGCAGGGUCUCUAAACGUCUAGAAUCCAAUAAUUUGAAUUUAAUAAUAAUAAAAAUAAUAAUUACGUUUAUUUAUAUAGCCCCUUACAACAUCUGGAAAGAUAAACAAAGUGCUUUACAUUACGAUUACACAGUCAAAUACACAAAUACAGGAAAAAGAAAAUAUAUGACAAGUGACAAAUUUCACAGGAUAUUAUGACAAAUACAAAGGAAAGAGAACACUGGAACGAUCAAAUACAAAGCAAAGGCAAAUGUCACUGAAUAUUAAAAGCCUGUCUUAAUAGGUGAGUUUAGAGAGAUGUUUUAAAGAGUGCCAGGUCAUUAAUAAAAUGUAAUUCAGGGGGUAGGGAGUUCCAUAAUAUCAGGGCCGUUAUUGAAAAGGCAGGAUCCCCUCCACUGUUUAAAAUGUGAAAAAGGACCCUCCAACAGGGGCUGUUUUGAAGACUGGGGUCUUAAAAUUUCUAAAAUUCUCUUAAAAUCUCAUAAAAUGUCUUGGAUACAAUUUUGAAAGGUCUUAAAAAUGUAUUUACUAUACUUAAAUAUAAAUAUUAUGUCGUAUAACAAAAAUUGAUUGAAGUAAUACAAAAUGUUCUAAUUUUCUCCAUGUCUUUUGUACUUUUGGGUCUUGAAAAAGUCUUAAAUUUGACUUGUUGAAACCUGCAGGGAUCCUGUUUGUUGUGCUCUUCACUUUCAGCAGGACAAAGGUUUAGAUUAGAGUGAUUGAAGGAGUUUUUCAGAUACAAAGUUGUGUCCGUGUUUUUAUUUCUAGUCUGCCAGGUGUGAGCUAAAAUCAAACGGUCGAUGCAAUGUUGUGCGUUUGUGUUUCUCCAGCCUCUGCACAAAGGUCUGGACCCGGCAAACCUGGAGCAGCUCAUCACUCCUUUGACCACCCUGGGUCACCUGGCUCAGCUGGCCCCAGAACAGUUCGCGGCACCGCUCAAAUCUCUAGUCGCCAACUUCAUCGUGAAGGAUCUGCUCAUGAACGACAGGGUAUGCACAGCACACCAUAAAUAUUUUGUCAUUUUUUUUGUCCUGUAUUAAGGGUCAUGGCUCCUUUUGAAUGUAAUCAUCAGUUUAACUAGCUAGAACCUGAUGGAAAUCCUAAAGAAGUGUCACUGAAAGGUCCCUAAAAAAACUGUUUUUGUUGUCUGUUCACUGCACACGUUGCACCUCUGACUGUAUUUUUUGUUCUGUCUGUAGAUCCCAGGCAAGAAGACAACCAAACUCUGGGUUCCUGAUGAUGAAGUGUCUCCAGAGACUAUGGCCAAGGUUUGGUGAAAUCCUACUGCAAGCUCUAAAAAAAAUCUGUCCACGUUCUUAGAGCUCUGCUGCAUUUGGAUGCCUUGUUUUUUAUUUUAAUCUCUAGCCCUAAAAUGGAUCAUUUUAACCUUUCACCUUCUUCUGUUCAGAUCCAGGGCAUCAAGCUGAUGGUGAGGUGGUUACUAGGAGUGAAGAACAACCAGAGUAAAUCAGGCAACUCCACCCUUAGGAUGCUGACAGCUAUUCUGCACAGCGAUGGAGACUUGACUGAGCAGGGCAGGAUGGGGUAAACACGUCUUAUACAGCUAAUUUGAUCAAAGCGAGAGAACUGUGCUUCAGAUUAUUGAUCUGUUUGUACCGUGAUGCUGGAUUUUCAUGAGAAGACCUGAGAAUAUGACAGCCCUGCAUUCAUAAAUGUAUUCUGAUAUAUAAAGAGGUUGUUAUUCUUUCUCUUCCCGCAGUAAACCUGACAUGUCGAGGCUGCGGCUGGCAGCGGCAUGCGCCCUCCUCAAGCUGGCUCAGGAGCCCUGCUAUCACGAAAUCAUCACCCUGGAGCAGUAUCAGCUGUGUGCUCUCGUCAUCAAUGUGAGAACCCGCUGAGGUCUCCUCAAAUGUGUUUGAGGGCCCGGCUUAGUUUGAAUUUUUCAUGGUUUUGAUUUCGUGUUGCUAGGAGGUGAUGAUUUAGUCUCCAGCAACCCUCCAACUCAAAUUCUGAUUUCCCCUUCCUGCGUUUCUCACUGUUUCAUCAUCCCUCCCCUCUCCCUCUAAUCAUCACCGCCGCUUCACUCCAUGUUUUCCUUUCGCUCUCCAGGACGAGUGCUACCAGGUGCGACAGUGUUUCUCGCAGAAGCUCCACAGAGGCCUGUGCCGCCUCCGUCUGCCUCUGGAAUACAUGGCCGUGUUCGCUUUGUGUGCCAAGGACCCCGUGAAAGAGAGGAGGGCUCACGCUCGUCAGUGCCUGGUGAAAAACGUCAACAUACGGAGAGAGUACCUCAAACAGCACGCAGCCAUCAGCGGUAAAGAAACUCACCUUACUCUCAUGUGAAAAAGACCACACCCCUUCUCUACACCUUCAUUUAGAUUUAGACUUUCUUUAUGUGUCAUUGCACAAAUUAAAACACAGCAGUGAUUUCUCUCUGCAAUGAAAUGUUGUUGAUUGGCUCCAAUAUCACAGCAUGAUGGUGUUUAAUUUAAUAUACAGAAAAACAAUUAAAAAAAUUAAAAACUAAGGGUAAAAUAGCAGCAUGGUGAGUAAUAUUGCACUUUCUGGAGGUAAAAAACAAAUAAAAAAAAGUGUACAUAAUAUAGGAGCUAAAAGGUAAAAUAAGAAAAGUAAAACAAAGGCUAAAAGGACAGUAAGUCGAAAUAAGAGAGUCUAAAAUUGUCUUAAAAUGUCUUAAGUAAGAUGUUGAAAGGACUUCAAAAUGUAUGUUCACGUGACUUACAAAUAAAUAACUUAGAAAUAAGCCAUAGAAAUAAAGAAUUAUUUGAAUUAAUGUAAAAUUUUCUGACUUCCUUUUAUGUCGUUUGUACUUUUUUGUCAGUAUGAAUGUUAUACAGGUCUUAAAUUGUAUUUACUAUGGUCUUAAAAAAGGUAUUAAGAAGUCUUAAAUUUGUCUUGUUGAAACCUGCAGAGACCCUACUCAGUGUGUAAUGUGGUUUUCCUUAUCGCUGUUAGGAUUAAAUAUUUACCUUUUGUGUGCCAACAGACAAGCUGUUCUCUCUUCUGCCGGAGUACGUUGUGCCCUACACCAUCCACCUGCUGGCUCACGACCCAGACUACGUCAAAGUGUCGGACAUCGAGCAGCUCAAAGAAAUCAAAGAGUAAAUCCCACAGAAAGCUUCAGGAUAUAGUCAUGAGAGAAUAUUUUAACUCGACAUAAACACUUUCUAUUAGGUCAAUGUUAGGAUGUUGGUUAUUGGAUAAUUUCUGCUGUAUCAUGGUGGGACAUAGCUACAAUCUUUCCAACACAUGCUGAUGUCGACCUUUUCCCUCUCUUAAGGGCUCUGUGGUUUGUCCUCGAGAUCAUCAUGGCCAAGAACGAGAACAACAGCCACGCCUUCAUCAGGAAAAUGGUCGAAAACAUCAAACAGACAAAAGACGCCCAGAACCCCACCGACUCCAAAACCAACGAGGUACGCACGAUAUCUGAAGUCUCACGUUCACUCAUCAUGUAAUUCAUCCGCCUCACAAGCUGCCGUCCUCUGUGUCAUUUUUCUUUUCAUGCAGAAACUUUACACAGUGUGCGAUGUCGCCAUGCACAUCAUCAUGUCAAAGAGCACCACCUACAGCCUGGAGUCACCGAAAGACCCCACACUGCCCUCGAGGUUCUUCACCAAACCUGAUAAGGUCAGUGCUUUUGACUGAAGGGCCGGAAUACUACACUUCCAGCAAAGACGGUUUAGAAUUGAUGCAAAUACUUACCCACUCUGUUGAAAUGCAGAAAAACUUUGUAUAAACUAAAAACAAAUGUCACUUUCACUUUGAAUGAGCUUUAACGGCAUUAAAGUCCAAACAGUAUUUCCAAAUUAUUACAAAUAGUUUUACUUUCUCUUUGUGGUGGUUGGUAGGAGCUUGAACUUUCCUACUGCAGCCCAUUUUUUCUGUGACUUUCUAAGAGGCAUCAUCUCAUUGAUUCACAUUUUGACUGAGGUUGUUUAGCCGGAGAUAAAAGAGUAUAUUUCUGUCUUGAAGUUGUUUUUAUCUCUAAACAAAAGAGCCCUCUAACGUGUCUUCUGGCUGUUUUCAGAAUUUCAACAACACAAAAAAUUAUCUCCCUCCAGAGAUGAAAGCCUUCUUCACACCAGGAAAAGUAAGAUAAAUGAAACCUCUGAAUGUGUUUUUUUUUUUUUUGUUUUUUUUUAAAGAUGAUUUUUUUUUUUUGGACAGAGCACAUAUUAAAGUCUCUCACUUUUCCAGCCCAAGGCAGCUAAUGUUUUGGGAGCAGUAAACAAGCCGCUGUCGACAGCAGGGAAACAGCUUCAGAGUAAAGCCUCUCGUAUGGAAACCGCAAGCAUCGAGGACUCCUCGUCCAACCCGGGAUCCCCACAGCGGGGCAAGACCAGGUACAAAUCAUGCUUACAGCAGAGCAGGAAUCAUGAUGGCUGUAAAUCUGUAAUCAAAUCCUGUUUGAAGAACUCUGAGUCUAAAAGUGAAAUGGGGUCAAAUGAAGAAAUGCUGACAAAGAGAGAGAUGCUGUCUGUAUCUAGUCAUUUGUGUUAGUGUUUGUUUAAUGUAUCUUCACCUUCACCUCAGGCAUGACAGCACAGAAAUGGAUCGUAGCGAGAACGAGGAUUUCACCCUGAAGAGAGCCGACAGCACUGACAAGGUACUUUUAUACUUCCUGUGACAAAACACUUGUUACUAUAAUGAGGUAAACACUUGAGUGGUGUUAUCUCCCUUUAUCUGAAAUUACAGGUUUAUUUUUACCUGAAGAGGUGACCCACAUAGAUCAUGAUUACAUUAAAAACAUAUUUAAAAGUCGGGGUUAAUGGUUGAUUUAGUGAAAAGGGGCGACUGUAUAUUUUUCAUUUCCUGUUGUUUUGAAAUGAACAGCAGUGAAGUAUUAAGAUGAUUGAGUUUAACCUUCCUCCUCUGUUUGCUUUUACGACGCACCCACUAUGUUAAGGGUCGGUUUCGACUCGUGACUUAAAUCAGCUGUAAAUUACAGUAACAACCGUUACCUUUCAUCCAAUUUGGUUCUCAUGUCUAGGUUACCUUGUUAGGUUUCAUUAAAUAUUCAUAAUAUAUUUUAUAUAUUUUUUUUGCCUUUCUUUGUCAGUAUACCCCUCACACAGACAUCUAUACUGAAUUGACCUGACAUGUCUGGACAUGCCUGACAUUUUUUGUGCAGGAAAAAAAACAGGCAAAAUGAGAAUUUCCUAAAUUUCACAUGAUUGGAAGAGGAUCUGACUGUCAGUGUUGUGCCUGAGAGUGCACUUGUGAUUUCAAUUUUUGCUCUAAUUAUCAGAUAUUAAUCUAACCGGGUCAACAGUGACCCUAACAAAAUAAGUGCCAUAAUUUUAAUAAGAGCAUUUUAUAAUUUAGUCUAUUUGAUUUUAUUUUCAUUUUGUUUAAAUAGUUUCCUGACAAAGUCAAAAAGUCUUGAUGCAAAAAAAAAAAAAACUAAUCUAUGUGGUUCUUUUAAGCAUCAAAAAACAAAAACAGAUCGGUGCAGACCCUAACACAGGAGGAGGGUCAAGCACGGCACUGCAAUGAAACACUAAGUACAAUAAGACAUCAGGGCUUUCUUAUAUACAGUUGCUUGUGUAAAGACCUCAGAAUCAUGUGUUUCAAAGGUCUGUUUGUUUGACAGAUUUCCUGCACAAACAAAAAUCAACCAUCAGCACGGUCUGAGAUGUUUUAGUAUCUUAGUUUGAUGCUGUAAAAGUCGUGUUGCUGCGAUCCAGUCAAGUGUUUCCAGUCAUGAAGUCUUUAUUGUCUAUUUGUGCUUUGCAAACACCUGCUGGGUUCAGGCCAAGACAGAAUAUCAGGUACAAGCUCUCACCAAAACAUGCUUCUGUAACACUGAAUGCUCAAAGAAGAGUUUAUCAUUUAUUAUGGUUCAACUACACAACUGUUUGUUCGUCUUUUACAGGAUAUCGAAAAGCCCCGCGGUCGCAAACGUGGCGUGGCCUCCAGCGAUGACCAAGACAGCAAGCCAAAGCGCGGACGCAAGAAGGCCUCAGCCAACACCACGGCAGCAGCCGAGUCCGAGGACCAGUGGGACGAAGACAACCGGCCCGAGGACGAACAGAACAGCCCGCCCAAAAAAGGCCGCAGAGGCCGACCUCCCAAGUCUGCUACUCCCAGUCAGGACACACCUGCCAAGGGAAAGAGGGGGAGGAAGAAGGCCGCUCCUCCACCAGAGGAUGAUGAGGAGGAGGAAGAUGAAGAGAGGGCGGAGGAGGAAGCAGAAGAGGAGGAAGAGGAGGAUGACAGGAGCAGUGAAAAUAUGGAGUUGAAGCCCAAAGGAAGGCAGGCAAGGACGCCACGACGGUCACAAGGGUGAGAAACUGAGAAACUCUGUAUGCAGCUGUUUGAGCAGAGAGUGAAGUGAUGAAGAUUUCUUUUUAACUGAGACUCUGUUGUCUUCAACAUUUCGUCCCAAAUCAACAGCUUGGACUCAGCAGAGUCAACACCGCAGAAGAGGAGAGGACGUCCCCCCAAAUCAGCUCAGCCGCCUGCCAAGAAAGCAGCGUAAGAUUCACACCAGCUUUAUGUUAGCUUUGUGUGAUUAGACAGUGACUCAGUCUGACAUUAUCCUUCAAAAUCCAGUUUAUGGACUAAAGUUAAGGCCCAAUGUUUUUCUGUUCUCUUAAGUAACGGCCGUUGUUUUCACACUAUUCACUUCUUUCUGAAUGUGUACUCUGGACAGUUUGUCGUAACUCAAAAAAGCACAGUCUAGCUCUCUGAUAAACUGUCUGUAUCCAACCCUUUUCCCUUUGACCUCCAACCCCCAAUUUCCACCACAUCCGGAACAGCUGCAAUAUUCACCUUCCACCAGUUCCUACCGGAUGCGUUUGUGAGACAAAUUUCAUGGCAGAUUUCAGACAGCGGGAAUCGCGAGAACUCGCAAGAACCUGCGGAUACGCAUGCAAUUGCGCGAUAACGAGUUGUCUCAGCCACAAAACCACAUCGGCAGUAGAUUGUGUCCUUACAGAGGAUGAAAUCCACCUCCUGACUUUUAGAAUCAGCAUCUUCUCAUCCAUGGAGUCAUCGGGGUUAAAUACUGUCUAAAAACCUUUCACAUGUUCGUCCCCGUCUGUUCCCAUGGUGUGAAAUAGGAUCCACCUGAAACACAGAGUGUUUAAUCUUGAAAAGAAGCCGGAUGUUUUAUUUUGUCUGUGCCCGACUUCCUUUCCAGCACGGGUUAAUCAGUGCUGAAUUUAUGCGGCAUGCUGCAUUGUCCGGAAAAAAUAGAACUCUUACAAUCGGCUGCAGAGUCAGCUGAUCCACAGCAGAACUGAAAGAAAUUGACAAAUUAACUUGAAUGGAAACGAUCAGCUGCGAUCGGUGGAUACGGCCUUUUCGCAGCCAUUCCAGAUGCGGUGCAAAUUUGGGGUAAGGUACCCACAUGUAGAAACAAAAUGUUGUCACCACACAUGACUUGAUGGAAAAUGAAGUUUUCUGACUCCAGAACAAGGAAUUAAGAUGUACAUAUAUAUGAAACAUAGAUAAUUAGUAACAUUUGAUUAUAAGAUUAAAAAUAAUCAGGAAUAAAAUUCAAAAGGCGUUUGCAGAUGUGUGCACGCAUACUAAUGUCUCCCCAUUUAUCACCGAGGAAAUAUGAUUCACUCCUUUCUAUGGUCUCCAGCAGUGGUGGGCGAUCGAAGGCAGCUGCUGCUAAAGAUGACUCUGAGGAUGAGGAGGAGGAAGAGGAGGAGGAGCAGGAGGAGGAGCCAACACCGAAGGUACUGAGAGCAUCACGUGAAUGAUGCCUGGCAAGUUUUUUUUUUUGUAAGAGGAAUAAAUCACAACUUCACACUUCUGUCUUUGUUUUCUAGGGGAGGAAGAAGGCAGCGGGGCGGAGGAGAUGAACUGAAAAACGGACGGAGGACAAACGAAAAGCAGCGUCUUCUAAAAGUUGUGGAGGAAUAACGUAGGAAAGGAAAAUAUGGACAUUGAACUUUUUAAACUUUUCAUAUGCCGACGCUCCUACUGUUACACAAAUUCACAUUCUUGCAUAUACCACAUGCACACUACAUCAAUACAUUGGUAUCAUCAGCUGUGGGUUGUUGCAUUGUGAUGAUGUUUGCCACGUUAGGUAGAAAUAAUUUUAACAGAAAAACAAAAAAAGAUUGCUCUUGUAAAUAGUCUCUUCUGUCUGUUUCAUGUUCUGUUGUUGUGUUCGAUGCUGACUGGGGGGAUGCUGUAAAGCCUUUACCCGCUGACACCAUUGUUAUUAUUAUUAUUAUUAUUAUUAAAGUGCUCCCAUAAAGCAAUACUGCGAAUAAAUCAUUCCCUCUGUGUCACACUUUUAAAAACUGAAAGAGAUUAACCGUUUUCUUUUUUGUGUCAUUUUCAUCUUUUGUUUACAGUUCUGUAUAUUAAAACCUUUUUUUUUUUUUUUUUACCAUGUACUGGGAAAUAUAAAAAAAAAAAAUGUCAGAAAACUGUUCAAAGUAGUUACUUCACGAGAACGUUGUUGUGUGCGCCUUAUUUCAAGGUUUGUACUUGCUGGCAUUUGAAAGUUCUGAGCAGCUACGGUUUUAGUGUUCGUCACCGCUGAUUAACUUGGCCUCACAUCCGCCCAGUCAGAUCCUCUGUUGUAUCAAUAUAAUUCUCUAUAAAACCUGACAUGC